AUGCCGAAGUCCAAGCAAUUCCUCAAAGAGCCAAAAAAGAAAUCAAAGCACGCUACUCCCGUCCCCACUAACUCCGACGAGUACCUAGCAGCUGGUGUCGAUUUUGAAGAAGCAGGCGAGAAAUGGAGAGGUGGAGAUGCCGUCAAAUCGACCAGGUUCUUUGUGAGAGCGCUCGAUUGUUAUGAGGAAGGGUUGAAGAAGUUCCCAGACUCUUUCGAUCUUGCUUAUAAUAAUUGUCGAACAGGUCUCCAAUAUGAAAUUACGCAACACCCAAAGAUUGUCGAGAAUCUACCCGGCACUUUAUUGGAGCUACUCCAGACCGCCUUAGACUCUAGCCGAUAUGCCCUGAAGUUGGAUCCGGAGGAUGCCGAUGCCUUGUUCACCCUGGCCAGUCUUUUAACUGACUUCGCGGAGACUAAAGUCUCCAACAACCCGUCUGACAAGCUACAAGAGGCCUUGUGGCUGUUCGAGCGUUGCCUUAAGCGUCAAGUAGGCACGUUCAAGGAGGAGAAUGCCGCUCUGGGAGACUUGGCUCCCAAAGAUGUCGAUAUGGGAGAAGGAGAUUCUGCAGCUGGACCUCCUUUUCCGACAAAGGAGGAAGCUUGGGCGCGAGUUGUCGAACCAACCACCAAGGAAAUCCUUCUUGAAACCAUAGUGGCCAAGCUCGAAACGCUGUCCAAGCUGGCUGAAGAGACGGACCCCCGAGACGGAGAUUCGAUUAGCUACAUAUCCGACUAUUACAAGGACACGAUCCGAAGAAAGUACUUGAAGCCACUCUGCGAAGCCACAUCUACAGACUCCUCCUCGUUCCCGGACACUCUCAAACUUGCCAUCGCAAAUUACCAAUGUGCGGUAGCCAACCUCAGCUACUCAGCAAGACGAAUUGAUCUCCAACAGUACGAACAAGUCGUCCAGACGGCAUAUAAUACCCUGAAACCCUCCUCCGACCCACAAGAACUCCCCUCCAAUCCGCAAGUACUCUGCGACUACGCAGAAUCCAUUAUCGCUUUUCAGAAUGCCGUCAAAGAGCUCGGUCUUAACCAUAACCCUUACCUUACGCAACGAUGGCUGGCGCUUACGGAGGCGCUGAAGAGUCUCACGGUGGCAGGUGCGAUGAAGGACGUUAAGCAUAGAGAGCAAAUUCAACUGAUGAGAGGCGAUGUGGAGAUGAUGAGAUUCCAGUUGGGCGAGGGACCUGGUCAAUUAGCCGCCAGUCAGAAGAAUCGGGAGGCGUUGUUGGGCAACUCAAAGAAGUUCUACGACGGAUCUCGGAGGAUCUCAAUUAAUAACGGAGCAAAGGAGAGAGAGAUCGAGGCCCGGAUUAAGCUUGACGUUGUGGAUGCUUUCAUUGGGGAUAAUACGACGUUGUUGGAGGCUAAGGCGACGCUAGAGAGUUUCGAGGCGGUUCUUACGGAGGCUAUUAGUGACGGAGUUGUUACGAAGGAACAAUUGCUGAGACUUGGUUUGGAGGGUUGA